AUGGCGACAGAUAUCCACAAGAAGACCGACCCGGACUCGGUCCCCGCGCCCGUUGCCAAGGUCGGUCUGGUCAGAAAACCGACCGACCCUCACCCAGCCGGCCGGCCCAAGCACAGCUUCGCCAUGCAGUUGUUCCGCGGCCUGACCUUUGGCCUCUACUUCGCUGCCUGCUGCCUUGCCAUCAUCACGACCCAGAUACUCGGCAGCCCGCUGUACUUCGUCAACCGCGAAAUAUUCUAUGCCUACAUGGCCCUGACGAAGCAGUCCUUCGGCCUGACCAUCACGGCCAUGACGCACAUGUGGAGCAACACCACGAUACGAAUAAGCGGCGACAAGUCCAUGGACGGCCAGAUCAAGAAGACCCCCGACGGCCGCGUCCAGUUCAACUUUCCCGAGCGCCUCAUCCUGAUCGCCAACCACCAGAUCUACACCGACUGGCUGUACCUCUGGUGGGUGGCCUACGCAAACGCCCCGAGCAUGCACGGCCACAUCUACAUCAUCCUCAAGGAGUCGCUCAAGUACAUCCCCGGCGUCGGUAUCGGCAUGAUGUUCUACGGCUUUAUCUUCAUGUCGCGCAAGAUGGCCACCGACCAGCCCCGACUGGCGCAUCGCAUUAACAAGCUCAAGACGCGCCACGCCGGCCCCGGUGGCCGCGAGUACCUCGACCCCAUGUGGCUCCUGCUCUUCCCCGAGGGUACCAACCUCUCUACCAACGGCCGCCGCAAGUCGGCCGCCUGGGCCGACAAGAUGGGCCUCCGCGACCCGGAGCACGUCCUCCUCCCCCGCAGCACCGGCACCUUCUUCUGCCUGAACGAGCUCAAGGACUCGCUCGAGUACAUUUACGACUGCACAGUCGCCUACGAAGGCAUCCCGCGCGGCAAGUUCGGCGACGAUUACUUCACCCUCACCAGCACCUACUUCCAGGGCCGUCCCCCGCGGUCCGUCAACUUCCACUGGCGCCGUUUCCGCCUCGCCGACAUACCCCUCGACGACGCAAAGGCCUUUGACGCCUGGCUGCGUGAGCGGUGGUACGAGAAGGACGCCAUCAUGGAGACGUACGUGUCCACCGGCCGCUUCCCCGCGAGCGCCGACAUCGAGGGCGGGCACGUCGAAACCGAGGUCCGCCUCAGGAGUUGGUUCGAGCUGACGCAGAUCUUCGUCGUUGUCGGUACCGCCGGCAUCAUCUGGCGCAUGGUGCUUAGCGCCGUUGCGAGGCUCGCCUCGGUUCUAUGA